CAAGUUAAUUGAAUCAAACGCUAUUGAUUUUUCGUCGAUUCUGCAGCUCGAGUUUGCGGCUAAAAACAGCUUUUAAAGCUUAACAUUAUUCGCUAGCAUCAAAUAGUAUUGAUUUCACCAUAGGUCUUGCGGAGACUGCCGUUCUAGAUAUUAUGGCUGCGAAUUUACAACAGCAGCGCAUCAUCAAUGAGCAACUGCGUCGUGAGGUGGGAAUACCCCGCAUCCAGGUGUCGGAAGCGUGUAAUACCAUGAUGAAAUAUAUGAUAGAUCAUGAGUCGGAUGAUUGUCUGUUAAGUGGAUUCACUAGUCAAAAGGUGAAUCCGUUUCGCGAGAAGAACUCGUGCAGCAUUUUAUAAGCUCAAUAUUGAAUGGGUACAAAAGUUCCUAGCAGUAUUUCAUAAUAUGUAGACACAUAAUUAUUGUUUACGUUUGCUUCGAGAACUCUAAUAGACUAGCCAACUACACAAAAAUUUAUUAAUGAAUGCAUGCGUGUAUAACCUUUGAUGUUUGUGGAAAUGUAAGCUGACCUCAAUUAUGUCUAUAAACUGAACGUACAUAUGGAUAUGAAUACUGUAGAAAAAUA